AUGGCAAAACCAGUUUCCCAUUCACACCUAUUACUCCUUUUAAUCUUGUGUCUUGCCAUCAAUCUUUCAGAGCAGUUACAAUUUUCUGAGUCUCAGACACUUCUCAAAGUUCAGCAACUUCUUGGCUAUCCAUCAGCACUGGGAAGCUUAAACAGUGCCACAGAUUAUUGCAACAUUGAGCCUUCCCCAUAUUUGACAUUAGUUUGCUAUGAGGAUAACUUGACACAGUUGCAUGUUGUUGGCAACAAUAAUGAGUUUACACCAUUGCCUCAAAACUUCUCCUCAGACACUCUUUUUGCCACACUUGGCACUCUAUCAAGCUUGAAAGUCCUCUCUUUGGUUUCUCUUGAUCUCUGGGGUCUUCUACCUGAAAGCAUUGAUCAAUUGUCUUCAUUGGAAAUACUUAAUAUUAGCUCAAAUCACUUUUAUGGAGCCAUCCCAGCUCAACUUUCACUUCUGAGGAACCUGCAGUCAGUGGUGCUUGAUCAUAACAACUUCAAAGGUCAAAUUCCCAACUGGGUAGGUUCCCUUCAAGGUUUGGCUGUGCUUAGUAUGAAGAGCAAUUGCCUUAGUGGGAGCCUUCCAACUUCAGUGAAUGCUCUUCAUACCCUGAGAGUGUUAGAUCUAUCAAAUAAUCAGUUAUCUGGGGAGCUACCUCAUCUUGGAAAUUUGGCAAACCUUCAAGUUCUGCACUUGGAAAACAACACAUUUGGACCUCAUUUUCCUUCUCUUCCCACCAAGUUAGUUUCCCUUGUGCUUAGUAAUAAUAGCUUUAUGCUUGGUGUCCCUUCUGAUUUAAGUUCUUUCUAUCAGCUCCAAAAGCUGGACCUUUCAUUGAAUGGUUUUGUGGGGCCAUUUCCACCAUCCUUAUUGUCACUACCUUCCAUCAAUUACCUUGAUAUUUCUUCAAAUAAAUUCACUGGGAUGCUCUUCAAUAAUUUGACAUGCAAUGAUGAUCUACACUUUGUAAACUUAUCUUCAAAUCUUUUGAAGGGGGAACUUCCCUCUUGUUUAGAACCAAAGACCAGGGUUGUUUUGUAUGCUAGAAACUGUUUAUCAAAUGAGAACCAAGAUCAGCACCCUUCUGAAUUCUGCAGCAAUGAGGCUCUUGCAGUGGAAAUCAUACCCCAUCAACAGAAGCAGCAUAAGAGAACAACGGGCAAAGUAGUACUUGUAUCAAGUAUGGGAAGUGUUGUUGGUGGAGUAAUGAUUGUUGGAGUGGUUAUUUUGGUCGUUAGCAAGGUUCAUAAAAAACAAGUUAUGAAAACACCUUCAAAGUCCACAUUGGAGCAUGUUAUCAGCCAGAUACAUAAUGAAGAUGAAGUAAAAAUUCCUUCAUGGUCCAUAAUGGAGUAUAUCACAAAAAGGGUUCCUGACAAACGUGCUUUGAAAACACUACCAAGAUCCAUAAAGGAGCAUGUCAUGAACCGCGUGAAUCACAAACGUAUUGUGAGGACACCUUCAAGGUCCACAAUAGAUCAUGUAUUGUCAGUAAACACUGCAAAACUGCUCACAGAUGCAAGGUAUAUAUCACAAACAAUGAAGAUGGGAGCUAGCCUUCCUGCUUAUAGGACCUUUGCUUUGGAUGAACUCAAGGAAGCUACAAAUAAUUUUGAUUCAUCAUGUUUCAUAAGUGAAGGUCCACAUGGUCAGAUAUAUAAAGGGGUGCUCUCUGAUGGAAUGCAAAUUGCUGUUAGAAGUUUGAAAAUAAGAAAGAGACAUAGCCCUCAGACCUACAUGCACCAUGUUGAGUUGAUUUCGAAACUUAGGCAUUCACACUUGGUUAGUGCUCUUGGGCAUUCUUUUGAGUGCAACCAGGAUGAUUGUGUAAACACUAUAUUUCUCAUAUUUGAGUACGUUCCAAACAGAAGUUUAAGAAGCUGCGUAUCUGGAUCUUCUGGGGACAAGCUUUCUUGGUCACAGAGAAUAGCAGCUGCAAUUGGAGUGGUGAAAGGCAUUCAAUUUUUGCACACAGGGAUAGUGCCUGGACUAUAUUCAAAUAAUCUGAAGAUAACAGAUAUUUUUUUGGAAAAUAAUCAUAAUGUUAAGAUAAGCAGUUAUAAUCUUCCACUCUCAGCUGAAAACAAAAGAAUGGUCAGCAAUGGAACUUCACCUGGAUUGAAAGGAAAUUUCCAACAAAGGAUAAAGGAUGCAGACAAGAAUGAUGUCUAUGAUAUUGGAGUGAUUUUGCUAGAAAUUAUUCUGGGACGACCAAUAAUGUUCCACAAUGAAGUUGGAACACUAAAAGAUCUUUUACAGGUAAGCAUCAAAACUGAUGAUAUAGCUAGAAGGAGUAUUGUUGACCCAUCAGUUCAUAAGGAAUGUUCAGAUGAUUCAUUAAUGACAAUGAUGGAGAUAUGUGUAAGGUGUCUCUCUAGUGAACCAAUUGAUAGGCCUUCUGUUGAAGAUGUUCUAUGGAAUUUGCAAUUUGCAGCACAAAUUCAGAAUUCAUGGAGAGGAGACUCAAAUGAUCACAGAGAUUCACCUGCAUCAUCCUCCACAGAGACAUAA